AUGGAGAUAGUUUCUGGUCCCAAUGCUUUGAACAAGUCUAUGCAAGGUCUAUGGUCGACACACAGAAAAAAGGUGAACCUAAAUACACCUCCGACUCCUGCGACCAGCACACCGCCAGUCCAAUCACCUGCCAUUGAAGAACCACACACUCCUCAAGCAGAAGCUAUCCCUGGUACAUCGACUCCUCCCACCCACGAGUCUUCAGAGUCCCGGCCGCCGGUAUCAAAUGGAAAGCGGAAGGCGCGCUCGUCUCGAGGAGACGAGAGUAUCAAGAGGACGCGGAUUUCAGGUUCUUCGAGUGGUAUAGCAAAGGAGUAUGCUCCGCCAACGGUGCGCCUGUCCGAUUUGGGAGGUGCUGAUGCAUGCGUAGAAAAAAUGCUUGAGUUGGUAGCUAUGCCGUUGGCACAUCCAGAGAUAUAUUUGCAUACGGGCGUGCAGCCACCGAGAGGUGUGCUUUUGCACGGUCCCCCGGGUUGUGGCAAGACAAUGCUAGCGAAGGCUAUAGGAGGGGAACUAGGCGUGCCCUUCAUCUCAAUUUCGGCGCCAUCCAUCGUCUCAGGGAUGUCUGGCGAGUCGGAAAAAACUCUCCGCGAGACCUUUGAAGAAGCGAAGCGUGUCGCACCGUGCCUACUCUUCAUCGACGAGAUAGAUGCAAUCACCCCAAAAAGAGAAAAUGCACAAAGAGAGAUGGAGAGGCGAAUAGUCGCCCAAUUUCUCACUUGUAUGGAUGAUCUGUCAUGGGAGAAGACUGAUAAUAAACCCGUGAUUGUGAUUGGUGCAACAAAUCGACCUGACUCCCUGGAUGCUGCCUUGCGUAGGGCAGGAAGAUUCGAUCAUGAAAUCGCUAUGGGUGUACCUGACGAUGAAGCACGCGCACAGAUUCUGCGUGUUCUCUGCUCGAAACUCCGGCUAGACGGCUCAUUCGAUUUCGUGGCGUUUGCAAAAGCGACACCGGGCUAUGUCGGCGCUGAUCUUUCCGCUUUGACGGGGGCGGCAGGUAUCAUCGCCGUGAAACGUAUCUUCAAGCAGCUUUCAGAAGGGACACUAGUCAUCCCAGAUAUCGAAGAGCGAGAAGUGACAGAAGUUGCAGACGGCGACGUGUCGAUGCAGGUCGAUGGAGCGCAAACAUCCGAAGCGCCAUUGGUCACAGUCAUGCCCAACGCCCAACUCUCCCCUUUCUCCGCACUUACUCUCCCCACAACGACCGGCAGCUCUAUUGCUCAUUUCCUCCAAGCCCACCCAUCCCCUCUCACCCCGUUGCAACUCGCCCCCAUCUGUAUCACGUCUGCUGACUUUGCUGCUGCACUCAAGCAAGUUCAGCCAUCCGCCCAACGUGAAGGAUUCGCAACUGUUCCAGACGUCACCUGGGCUGACGUGGGCGCGCUGCAUGCGACCCGCAGUGAGCUUCACAUGGCCGUUGUGCAGCCCAUCCGGAGGCCGGAAUUGUUCAAGAAGGUGGGCAUCGAUGCGCCGUGUGGAGUCCUGCUAUGGGGCCCUCCAGGAUGCGGCAAAACCUUGCUUGCGAAAGCGGUAGCAAACGAGUCCAGAGCCAACUUUAUCAGCGUGAAAGGUCCAGAACUGUUAAAUAAGUACGUUGGCGAAAGUGAGCGUGCUGUGAGACAGGUGUUCUCUCGAGCACGGGCAUCGUCACCCUGUGUCAUCUUUUUCGAUGAACUUGACGCGUUGGUUCCAAGAAGAGACGAGAGCCUUUCCGAAUCUUCUGCACGCGUUGUGAACACCCUUUUGACUGAACUUGACGGGUUGGACUCCCGUAAAGGCGUUUUCGUCCUGGGCGCAACCAAUCGCCCCGACAUGAUCGACCCAGCUAUGUGCCGCCCAGGCCGCCUCGACAAACUGCUCUACGUCGACCUCCCAACCGCAGAUGAGCGAGUGGAGAUCGUACGCACGAUGAUGCGUAAGCUGCCGUUGGGCCCUGACGGCGCGAAGGAGGCAGUUGAGACACUAGUGCGGGAGCGCGGGGACGGGUACAGUGGUGCCGACUUAGCUGCAGUUGUCAGGGAAGCGGGUGUAUUGGCCCUGCGAAGAACUUUAGGGACUCUACAGGAAAUGGAUGGUGGCUUGGCGGAAGAGGGCAGUGCCGGAGGGGAGGCUGUCCAGGUGGGUGUGCAUGACUUCGAUAAGGCACUGGAGAAAGUGGGGCCUAGCGUGAGUCGGGCACAGAGGAGAAAGUAUCAGGCUCUAAGGGAAAAGUUUGCGGGAACGCCUGUUAGCGGCGGCAUCGGGGAAGGAAAAGGGAAGACUGAUGAAAAGGAAGAUCCAAGGGUGAUGUGAAUUCAGACCCGUAGCUGUGAUUGGUAUACAACGAGCAAAAAGUAAGAUACACUUAGGGAUACUACAACUUUGUUUUUUUCUC